AUGGCGGGAGAACACGGAGACUUAUGUCAGGACUUACAGGAGAGCUACAACACCAUCCGGCCACCGAAACCGGUCCGGAGGAGACGAGGUACGUGCUCCUGGCUGUGUAUUACCAGCUACCAGCUGAUCUAUUCCAUGAUCACCACCAGUUUCGCCUUAUCCAUCCUGCCUCAAGAGGCAGAGCGGCUUAAUACAGCUGAUACAAGCCUUUGGUUGGCCGCGUACGUGAUGAUUUGCGGAGCGACACAACUAAUUUGCUGCUUGGCGUUUGAUGUGGAAACUGGGGACAGCAUCGAGUUCCUGAAUUAG